GUGCAGAAGGAUGUAAUGUUGCUCGAUUUACUUACAUAAAUACAACUACGUUUAUAAUUACUGAUAAAUAUAACAAAUAAACAAAGCAGCAUACAGUAAAAUACGUCAAAUGCGCGCACAUUUUGGCGUUUAAAUAAUAAACGUAAAAUAGUUAAACAAUAUAUUGAAAAAAAAUACACUUUACAUUUGUGCAUACAAACAAACAUUAGGAGUAUACGCAAUCAAAUGUUAUGAAGACGCGACGUCAAGGGUUUGGGUUGCAGCAGCAGCGACGCGUCAAGAAAAGUAGCAAUAGAAUUCAAAUUCAAGUGUAUUUGAAUUGACGCCGCAUUCGAAAUCAGUGUUAUUAACAACAAUUACAACAGCAAUAAUAAUAUAAACAACAUUAGAAAGAGCAACAAGAACAAUAGCAAUAAACAACAACAACCAACGACAAAUAAAGCAUCAAUACGAAUUAAGCGACGGACUAAAAUAGGGGGCCGACUGAGGGCAGUGAAAUUCUAAUGGAGGCAUGCUGCUAACACCAGAGGAGGCAAUGAAGUGGCGCAGCUGAGCUUAUCAUUGAGUCAAUUGACAUUGCAUGUUGACAGUCAGUCGUCGAAUGGCGCCCGAUGAAGUGUGAAGCGUGCGUGUCGAUACACGGAUGGACGGACAAUUAAAAUAGCGAACCUAUGCAAACAAUAAGACAGCGCGUAGUGAUACAACAAGCCAAUAGCGAUAUGUGCGAAUAAAGCGUGUAUAAAAAACUAAAAAGAAACUAAAAUCAUAAGACAAAACGUAUCAACGUAAACGAAAUAUUGCAAAUAUCAAGUUUUGGCAACAUAAAAGACAUAAUUAUUUGUGCUCAAUACUAGUCGCCUUCCAGUUCCUACACUAAUAGCUAGUGAGAAAGUAAAGAAAAGUUAAAAAACAGAAUUAAAACUAAAAACCAUUAACAGGUGUAUAUCCAGCAUUUCCAUAUGAAUUUGCUUGACGAACAUAAAAUUUAAAAAAAAAAAUAUAUACUGAAAAACUUAACAAUCAGCCGAACUAUCCAGCAGCACCCACAUUAGCACCAACAGCCAGCGACUCGUUAGGCGCAUUAGUUGCGCUUCUGUCACGCAAUUUUUCACAUGUUCAACGUCCAAGAAGUUGCAAAUCUAUGUAAAUAUUAUUGGCAAAAGUCCAUUGAACUUGCAGCAGCCACGCUUUCUUGAUCACGCUCAGGAAAAUAAAUAUUGGCCAUUCUGUGCCUGCGCGCUUGUGCCCAUGCUUGCAACCCAUGCUUGGCUCUUGCACUUCCCUCAACGAGCAAUGAACUAACCAACUGCUAAUGAUGCCGCGUCAACGCUGCUGUCAGCAAUCAAUCAAGCGCGCAACAACAAUGCCAAUAGUUCUGUACAAUAACAAUUGGAACAGCAGCAGAUUGCAGUGAAAUUAAAUAAUAUAUAAACACAUGUAUGUGCGUAUGUAAAUCGUCGAAAAGGUCUAACGCUCUAACGGUCUAAUGCAUCAGCGAUAUCGGCUGUGGUCAAGCGCCAGUGACUUUAGGUGAUUGCAUUCAUUGCGAAUAUCCUUGCGAGUUUGUACCCGGCGCGCGUAUAUGCAUUAGGGUGUGUGUGUGUGUGUGCUCUGUGUGUCUAAUUGGCAAAUGGAAAGUGUGUAAAAAUAAUAAAAAAAAACCACAACUGUUUUCAUAGAAAAAUAUUUCCGUUUCCCUAGGAGAGUUAAAAUAUUUUGUUAAAGUGUGUAAUAAAAAUUUCUGUGUAAGUUGUUAAACAUUUCCAAAAACGAAGAAAAAAAAUUAUUUCAAUUAAACUCUAUGUGUAGCGGCAUCUCUUAGACUGCAACUGAUAUAAGUACUGUUAAAAAAUAUUGUGUUUUAUAAACUAAAAGAAACCUUUUUGCACAAAAACAACGAAGUACCGUCGCAAAAAUUGCAUAAACUUGAAAAUGGAUUUCCAGAGCGCAAUGGAAACGUUUGCUGAGGCUUGGGUGGCAGCCAACGCAGGACCACAGGGCCAGGCUUUGGCAUUAACACGCGCUGCCAAUGCCGCCGCGGCCGCAGCUGCCGCAUCAGUUAAUGCAGCCGCCGCUGCUGCAGCCCAGGGAGGCAAACCCAACAGUGCAGCAAGUUUAGCUGAAUUGGCAUUGAAGAAGGAGCACUCCUUAUCACCACCACAUAGCGUGAGCAGCAACAGUGGCACAACAGCUGGUCCAACAGCCGGCUGCAUAGAUGAUGGCGGUGGUGGUGGUGGAGUGGUUGCUGGGAAUUACCGCCGACGUCCCUCACUACAAGGCGUACAAGAUAAAUUGGCACAAUUGCAAAUGCAACACCAGCAACAGCAACAGCAGCAUCAACUUCUACAACAUCAUCACCACCACCAGCAGCAGCAGCAGCAACAACAACAGCUACAACAACAACAACAACUACAUGAACAACAUCAACAACAAUUACGCGAACAAUUGGCCGUCCACGAUGAGGCGCGUAGUCCGCGUUUCACUGGUCUACCAGUCGGUUUAGGCGCCGCCGCUGCUGCUGCGGCCGCCGCAGUCGCUGGUAAUGGUAGUGUGGGUCGUUCACGUUCAACCGAUGCGAAUUCAUCACCCAACACCACAACACAUCUGAGCACAGACAACGAACGUCAUAUUUCCUCAACGCCUUCUAGUCAAAACGCUUCAUUGGCUGCCACACCGAAGUUGUUGGAGCGUGAUGAACGUGGUGGCAGCAGUGGCGGUGUUACUAGUGGUGUUGGUGUUGUUAGCGCCAGUCCAUCUUUAGUUGGCAGCAUAAGUUGUUUACCGCCAGCUGCGUUGAAUGCUGUAGCCAGUAGCAUGGCAAGUGGGCCCUUGCAUCCCGGUGUUGGUGGCGUGACCACGCAGGCGGAACAGCUGUUAUCGUCGUCGUCGACACCGUCCGCAAUGGAGAGCCGCGGACGGGAGUUUGAUCCAGCGAAAGUAAAUUCAAAAUCGCUACCGUUGCAUUGUGUCGUCGAAUCGGUGCAUUCGCUGCAGGCCUCACUGGCCAUCGACUCGCGUACACCAUGGAAACGACGCACGAAUAUAGAAACAGACAGUUAUGUGAUUAUGGCAGCAGCAACACCAUGGUCGGAGUUAGUCCAGACAGCGUUGCAGCGACUCGGCUACUCACAAGAGGCGGUGAAUACGGCAAGAGGUUCCAUUAUGAUAAAAAAUUGGAAGCCCAUACCGCUGGAAAUGAUCUCCGAUAAUCCAGUUGUGCCCGUCAGUGAUAUAAUCGGCGAGUUAACCUCGGUAAUCACACUACGUAUAGUCAUACUACGUUCCAAACCGUCAUCAUUUGGUGAAAUUAAGGAUAAAUUAUUAAAAUUGCUCGUGCUGCAAUCGCAUACAGUAUUGCGAUCCACUGGUUGUCCACUCGAUGAGAUGACGCUCUCACAAAUCUGUCGAGCUUCCUACCAAAACCCAUAUGCUUUUCCCGGCGGUGAGAUCUCAGAUGACUUGCGACGCAAAUUCGAUCAGUGGUGGUCGCAACAACUAACGCCACAAUCAAGUAUUACACCAAAAAUGUUACCGUUCCUAACAGCGCCAUCGUCAGUGCCCAACGAAAUGGAUUUCCCCGUCGGCUCGGCAGCCGUUGCAGCCGCUGCCGCCGCCGCUGCAGCUGCACAAGCAGGCCUACAUGCGGCAACCGGUGUAGGUAAUGUGCCGGGAGCUAACCUACACAGCCUAAGCGGAAGUCGCGAUUCACUGCUUAUGAAUGACAGCGCACACCACGGUCCACAGGCUGGCACUGCAGCGCAUCAUCCCAAUAUGUUAGUGCAUCCGGCCAUGCAUCCGUCAAUGCAUCAUCACCAUCACCAUCCACACUCACAGUAUCCCAAUCAAAAGACACGCAUGCGUACCAGUUUUGAUCCCGAAAUGGAAUUACCAAAAUUACAAAAGUGGUUUCAGGAGAACCCACAUCCAUCGCGUCAGCAAAUACAAACGUAUGUGGUACAAUUGAAUGCGUUAGAGUCGCGUCGUGGUCGCAAGCCAUUGGAUGUUAACAAUGUCGUGUAUUGGUUUAAGAAUGCACGCGCUGCACAGAAACGUGCAGAGAUGCGUGGCGGUCUGGCGGCGCUCGGUCAUCCCGGUUUAAAUGGUUUCAUGCUCAAUCAACACGGGCAGCUGGGUCAGAGCUCUAGCAGUAGCGGUGGAAGUCAGCAAAUGAGUAGCAGUAAUAUUAAUUUAGCCAUGUCACAUGACUACUUGAAGAGUCCGCUGAGUCUGAAAUCGGAGGAUGUGGACACAAUGUCUCAGCAUUCGGAUGACAUGGACGAAGACAAUAGUCGGCCUGGUUCCCCACAGCUACCGCUCUCACUUACCACACACGAGCGUAAUCGUGAUUCACCACUGGAGGGCGCGGAGGGCAAUAUGGAUACGGCUGAGGGCCGACGGGACCUCAGCGGUGUUGAAGGCGCAUUUAAAGACGAAGCUGACUGUCAAGCCAUGCUGAAUGGUUCGCUCAAUCCAUCGUUACACUCGUGCUCACGCAGCUAUAACGAAGAGGAAGCACAAGCGCAGACGAAACAAAACGAAGCACAAACUGAAGACCAACAAGGCGAUAAUUCCAAUGAACAUCCAACAAAUGAACAGCAAAAUGAUGCCGAACACAACAACAGAAAUACCAAUAUCAAUAAUAAUAACUGUUUAAAUAAUAUGAAUAACAGCAGCAACAACAACAACAACGUGAAUAACAGCAAUAACGCUAUAAGCAACAGCAACAACAACAAUAACAAUAAUGAGCAAACCUGUGAUGCCGUCAACACACAACCGCAAGCCCAUUCCUCACCCAAAAUGAAUUCGCCCAAAGAAGAGGACGACGAUCUCGAUCUCGAAGAUGACGAUGACGACAACGAAAAUGAUGUCUCACAACUCGAUGAGUAUCGUUCACCUUCACCCGAUCUGACUAAUGCCAUGACGCAGCGCAAAGAUUUGCCCUUUCCCAUGGUACCCAAUUCGAUGUUCUCUCAGUCCUUCAUGUACAUGAGCCAUUAUAUACCCGGUUUUGGUCAAGCGGCUGCCAAUCAUCCGCAUGCUCAUCACGCCGCCGCUGCUGCAGCUGCAGCUGGCAUGCCACCGAGUGCGUUAAUGAAUCCUAGUGGCUUGAAUUUGUCGAGCAUGUCGAAUGAGGAGCGUCGCAAGCGCAACCGUACCUUCAUCGAUCCAGUUACCGAAGUGCCGAAACUGGAACAAUGGUUCGCCUUGAAUACACAUCCCUCACACAAUCUGAUACUGAAGUAUACGGAGGAUCUGAACACAAUGCCAUACAGGCAAAAGUUUCCACGCUUGGAAAGUAAAAACGUACAAUUUUGGUUCAAAAAUCGUCGGGCCAAAUGCAAACGGCUAAAGAUGUCACUCUACGACGGCUCACAGCUGCAGGGACUCAAUUCAUUCGUCAACAAAUAUGAUGAGCGUGAUUAAAGUGAAUAUAGAAAUGAGUGCUUUUUUCUUUAUAUUAAAUUUAUUUUUAGCAAAAUUUAGGAUGUGAUAAAAAAUUCACGCAUACUGAACUACCAGGUGGCUUCGUAAGUUUUUAUAUAAAGAAAAGAAUUGAAAAGGUCGAUUACCAGUGAUUGAAGUGAGAGUAAGCAUAUAUGUAUGUAUCCAUAGUCUCAGCAUGAAUAUUGUGAACCAACCAUUAUGUUAGAUACAUUACACAAGUUCAAGUGUACUGAGUAUGGCAAUAAUUAAUUAUUUGUUUGUAAUGCUGAUACAAGCGAUAUACCCAAGUCCUUAGUAUAAAAAAGAAAAUAAAUUCAAUAAGUUAGUUUUUAAAGUGUAUAUACAUAUGUAUGUACAUAGUCGUAAUAGAGCCUAGGAUUUCGUUCAAACAUUUUUGAACAGCUCGAGCAUUUGAGCGACGUAUACUCGCAAACUCAUUUUUUGCUCAUUACCCGAAAUUUUUCGAGCACAAGUCGAGCAAUUCGAACAGUACGAGCUUUUUCGUGCAUUUUGAGCAAAAAGUUUGACUUUUUUCUGAGCACUCUUUUGUGUAGUUUUAAAUUUAUUUGAAUUGUUUAUGAAUUAUUAAGAAACAAAUUGGAAAUUCUAAACAAAUGUUUGAGUGGUUGAGCAACGAACGAGUAUCGAACGGGUAUCUAGAACUCUAAUACAUGUACAUAUGUAUACUUUACAGACAUAUAUACUAAAAUAAUCAAAUUAAAAUGCAUGUAAAUAAACUUCCAAAAAACUUUACAAUAAGUUUGCGUAUAAUUUUCCUCUAUGAAUUAAUUUAUAGUCAACAUUUAAUAUAAUAUGUAGAGGUAUGUGUGGGCGUAUUUUAAAUAAAAAUAAAAAAUAAAA